AUGGCCAGGAGGGUCUUCUUUGCUAUCGAGGGCGUUGUGAGCCUUGGGGGCGCCCACGUGCUCACCCAGGUGGACACUGGUGCUGUCACAAGCUCUCUGAAUGCUCGGAACGUGUUUGUCGCCAGGAAGAGCACGGGAUCCAUGCCUCUAUGCGUCAGCUUUACAAUGAUAUCCCGCUUCGAUGGCAAGGAAAGGGAAUACGAAUUCUUCGAUGUCCCAGGUCGGUACUAUAAGCAAAAUGAGGUUAUAGUUGUAAUUCCUGCGGUGCUGUGUGAUCUGACACCGGUCCCCUACGAAAUCCAACUAUACACUAAACUUCGGGACCGCGCUUCUUCUGUGUAUGAUCUCAGCAUAGGACUAGAUGUGUUUAGCCAAUUACAAACCCAGUAUAAGGUCAGGCCUUUUCUUCAAGUCACCAAUUCAACUGGUCAGAUUAACGUCUCAGGGCAUUAA